AUGGCUCCAAGUAGGAAGGCAAAACCAGAAAUGAGUGCUUUUGAGCGUCGGAGACUCGAAAACAUUGCGGCAAAUCAAGCAAUGUUAAAAGACCUUAGCACGACAGCACAGAAAAUUGUCCCAAAACCGCCACCGAAACGAAAAUCAACAACUGGAAAGAAAGCGGCUCGAGUCCAAAAAGUGGCCUUUAGGCCAACCCGUACAAGUUCACGUCUGGCUGGUAUUGAAGCUGAUAGCGAGACUGCGAAACGUAAAGCGGAGGUCGAACUGGAAUUUGCAAAGGAGGUCUCGCAAGCCAAUAGGCAGCGAGUUGUUGGAGAUUUAAAUAUUAAUGACAUUGUUGUCGAAGGGAGGAAAUGGAAGCAGGAAAACGACUUUUUAUCUGGUGUCAUGCGUGGCGCCCAGCCCAAUCUGAGGACCUUUACCGAAGAUGAUAUUAAAGAGACGACGGAUGAAGGAUUGAAGGCUUUGAGAGAGAAAAUGAGCGGAUUAGAACUAUAUAAACUAUACGAGCCUAAUCGGAAUGUUGGACUGUUCGAUGCAUCACAAGGAGGUCCGGAAGUUAAGAUGGAAGACGAUGAAGAUGACCAAGAUACCGCAGAGCCCGCUAUCACUGCAUUCAAGAUACAUUCUAGAUCAAUUUCUUCUUUUGUAUUUGGUGCAGACGGAAACACGCUUUAUUCAGCUUCAUAUGAUUCUUCAGUUCGCAAACUUGAUCUACAGAAAGGAGUAGCUGUUGAGGCAUUCGCCCCAGAUUCUAUAGAUGAAGACAUGCCUAUAUCUAGUAUCGCCAUACCGUCUACCAAUCCGAAUCUCUUAUGCUUUUCUACCCUCGAUGGCCGAUUUGGACGACAUGAUAUGCGAACUCCAUCCAACAGUGAAAUCUGGUACCUCUCGGACAAAAAGAUAGGUGGAUUUUCUUUACACCCAUUGCAUCCCCAUCUUGUGGCUACAGCAUCAUUAGAUAGGAUGUUAAAGAUCUGGGAUCUGCGGAAAAUAACAGGGACAGGUAGCUCGAGGCAUCCAGUUUUACUGGGUGAGCAUGAGUCUAGGCUUUCAGUAUCUCAUGCUUCAUGGUCCCCUGCUGGUCAUGUGGCAACUUCUUCAUACGAUGACACUAUUAAGAUUCAUUCGUUUCUUGACGCCGGUUCUUUCAAAACAGGACAUUCACUCGAUGAUGCUGCAAUGAAGCCGACAACUGUUAUUAAACACAACAACCAAACCGGACGUUGGGUAACUAUAUUGAAACCCCAUUGGCAAGAGAAGCCAGAGGAUGGUAUUCAGAAAUUCGUGAUUGGAAAUAUGAACCGGUUCUGCGAUGUUUAUUCGGCGGAUGGGGAACAGUUAGCACAAUUAGGGGGUGAUGGUCUUAUAACAGCUGUCCCAGCCGCUGCACAGUUUCAUCCUACGAAGGACUGGGUUGCAGGUGGGACGGCGGCAGGGAAAUUGUGCCUUUGGAUGUAA